AUGGAGAAUAAUGGACAUUUUUAUCAGUGCAGAGAGAGACUUGACCGAACAUUGGCUUCUCCUGCUUUGACAGAUUUUGCUAAACUUAAAAUCAUUAUAAGCAAACAGCUUGAAGGAUCUGACGAGAAAGUGAUAGAGAAAAGGGCUAUUGAGGCGUCCAAUUUUCUGGAUAUGCUUAGGGGUGCUGGUGUAAGUGGAAAUGGGGAUUCACAAAGAACCAAAGCAGCUGUUGGGGAAUGGAAUUUGAAAGAAAGUAAUGAAGAGUUUCGUGUCAUGUAUCGUGAAGGGCCCCAGGGUACACCUAUGCAUACACUGUUUGUUGAAGGUUUUGUUGAUGGACCUACCGAUACAUGUUUAUGUCUGGGUUGGGAGUCAACUCUGUACCACAAAUGGUGGCCGCAACUUAGUUUCCCCAAUUUCAAGAUUGCUAUGUCCAAAAGCUUACAGAAAGUUCGAUUUGGAGAGCAGAUUUCUCUACUGAGGAUGAAAAUUGCAUGGCCACUGUCAGCAAGGGAGUCUGUUCUGCAUUAUUUUAUGUUUGAGUAUCUCGAAGAGGGCUUGAUUGUUGUUCUUCUGAACUCGAUUGCAGACUCAGAUUCCAUUGAUGUAACAACUCAUGGUUAUACUAGAGAUGGAAUACCCGAACCAGAGGAUGUAGUAAGAAUGGACUUCGUGGGAGGAUUCGCAGUGCAAAGAGUGAACUCCAAUAGAAGUUAUGUGUGCCUAAUAGGAAAUAUUGAUUUCAAGUUGGACUUUAUGCCUCCAUCCCUUAAAACUUUGUGGCAAAUACAGGCCGUAAUUUCUACAUCAAAGCAUGAUAAAGAUUAUGUCAAUGCAUUGAAGGAUCCUUUGUAUGCUCGAUUGCGUGAUAUAUUCCGUGAGCAUAGUGAAGAACCACAUGAUAUUGUGAUAGCGAGAGAAGAACUCAACAAUAAUCAAUCAAUAGUUGAGGCAACCAAAGUUGCAGCCAAAAGCUUGAUAGGUGUUGAGAAGAAUGGUGAGGGGAACCCCAUGACUGAAUCCUUUGUAGAUGCUUUGGACAAUCUGGACGAAAAAAAUUCAGGAUAUUUUGAUGGGGAAAAGAUACUAGUGUUGACUAAUGGAAAAACUACUAACAUGUCACUGGAAGCCUGUGAAAUAGAGCAUGAGGCUGUAAAUAGAGCCUUUAGCAAGAUAGGAAAAGCUAAUUUUGAAGACGAAGAUUGUACGAGAAAGAAUGAAGAUACUUCUGAACCAAGAUAUCUUGUCCAGUAUGCAAUUGUCCUAGUAUGUCCUGACCUAAAUCAAGCAAUAGGGUCACUAGAGAAAGGUAUUUCCAUGGUUAAGAGGUAUGGAGCCAGUGUGAUGACUAGGUCAAUAUCACGUUCGGAUAACCGAAGUCGUUCAUCAAAUGAGGAGGUGAUAGGUGAAGUAUCCCCAUCGGUGGAGAAGACUUCAAAGUUGGAAACUUUUAACCGAAAGCACAGUACCCCCCUAAAAGAUGGAAUAGGUCCUUCACAUGGUGAGGUCAACGUCCUUGAAGUAUCCGACAAGUUGGCGGAGAAGGCUCUUGAUGGGCCCAAGACCUUUGGCAGCUACAUAAAUAGGUAA